GUAAGAGCGAGUAAGCCUGAAUCUGGGUGUAAUACAGCAGGCAGAGAUCCUUUACAGCAGUGAAAAGAGAAGCCACUCCCCUUGACCAAUGAAAAACCUGGAAAUCAGCAGGAGGCUUGCCCUCAACUCCACACUGGAGAAAGUCAAUGGGGAGGGAGUUGGCAGAGUGUCAAUAGUCAGUCUAACAGCGAUGCAGAUCUGACGCACUCCAACUCAGGAGUUAGUGUGUUUUCAGACCGUCAGCACUGUGGACAGGAAACCCUUUUAAUCCCAUUCACUUUGUGUGUGUGUGUGUGCUUUUUGUAAGCUGAGAUGUGAUGUUGCAGUGGCACCUGGAGCUGCGGCAGACUGAUCUUUCCGGAUAGCGGUUUUCCUCCAGCGUUUGGAGUUUGCGGAUGCACUUGCUCCUGCUCAAGGUGACUGAAGCGAAUCCUCAUUUGGGAUCUGUGGAUGUUGUCCACAAUGAAUUCUGGGUGGAGUAGUGGGAUGUGAAGGCCUGGACGGGCUCAGAGUCGAGUCACUCCUCUCUCCGGGAACAGCCAGGGAAUGGGCUCAGCCUCUCCUCCGGAGCCCCAAAAAGACAUGGAGGGCUAUUAUAACCUUUUGCAGGCAGGCUCAGAGCUAGAGAGCACACUGCAACAGGUUACAGUAUCUGUGAGUCUGCAGGAGGUCGCCGGAUACAUUGAGAAACAAGUGGCCUAUUUAUCAGGGGGACGUGGUGAGGACUCAAGUGUCAUCAUCACUCUCCCAGAAUGCUCGGCUUUCAGUGACAUUCCUGAAGAAGCGCUGGCCAAAGUUCUUUCAUACCUCACACUGAUCCCGAGAGCACGACAACCUGGUGUCAAAUUUAUCAUCAUUUUAGACAGAAGAUUGGAUACUUGGACAUCAAUCAAAACAGCACUGGCAAGGAUUGCGGCCUCAUUUCCUGGAAACCUGCAUUUGGUCUUGGUGUUGAGACCGACCAGCUUCUUCCAGCGCACCGUCACAGACCUUGGCUUCCGCUUUAGUCAAGAGGACUUCAUGCUCAAAAUGCCUGUGGUGAUGCUGAGCUCAGUCACAGAUCUACUGCGGUACAUUGAUGAAAACCAGCUGACCUCAGAGUUUGGAGGGACUCUUGACUACUGCCACAGCGACUGGAUCGUCCUGAGAACAGCUAUUGAGAGUUUUGCAGUUAUGGUUAAGGACAUUGCUCAGAUGCUGCAGGCGUUUGGUACAGAACUGGCCGAAACACAGUUAUCAGAAGAGUGCAGUGCUAUUGAGUUCCUCUUGCUAUCCCACACUGAGAAAUACAGGAGGCUUAAGGAUGCCAUCAGGUCUGUGAUGAGGGAAGGCCGGCAGCUGCUCUCUAACCUGGAGACCUCAAGGAAAGAGGGGGACGUGGACACACGCUGGGACAUCACACAGGACUGGGACACCAUGCAGAGGCUGCUGGCUCAGCUCACUGAUAUGGAGAUUGCUUUUGACGGCUUCUUUGAUAAACACCACCUCAAACUGCAGCAGUAUUUACAGCUGCUGCGAUACGAGCACAGUUUUCAGGAGAUGGAGUGCUCUUUAGAGAAAUUAAGAGCACAGGAAAGGAAGAUCAGCAUUAUAGGAGAAUCCCUGAACCAAACAGAACAUUCGGUCAGAGAGCUGGACGGUCUGGACAAACGUGCGCAGGAGGAGAUGAGUCGAGCUCAGGUUCUCAUCCUGCACGGGCAUCAGCUGGCUGCUGGACACCACUAUGCCAUGGCUCUGAUCAUCCAGCGUUGUAAUGAACUCAGACAUCAGUGUGACACCCUCACCUCCGCACUCAGCACUAAACGCAGCUCUCUGACACAAGCUCAGACUCUAUUGCAUCGUCUAGAAGAGGCUCAGCGAUGGUGUGAUGAUGGGGCGUAUUUGUUGGCCAAUCAGCAGGUAGAGAAAUGCCAGUGUAAAGAGGGUGUGCAGACAGCUCUGCGAGAUAUUGAGAAGUUCCAGGAGGCGGCGCCACCGCUUCUCACUGCUGGCUCUGAUGUGCUCUUUCUCGAAUAUGAGUCUGUGCUCACUCCUUAUCUACAGGCUCAUAUAGAGAAGACGUUUCAAAAGUACAGCUCCGUGCAGGCUUUGAUUCAGUCCAGACAGAUCUGCCUGAAGAAAAUGGCCGACAAACACAUUCGGCCAAUCCAACUGGUGGCGCCUCGACCAGAGAACCCACCACGCUCAAAAUCUCCCCUCUUCUCCCCUAAGCAUGAUUUUAAUUCUGGUUUAAAGUUCACAUUCGACCUCCCACUGCCAGGCAAAAGAACAUCAAGGAAAAGCCCAAAUUCUAGGAAGAUUGAGGUGAUUCACAACUAUCAGCGGUCCAGCUCUCUCCCCUACAGUAUAGAUGGAGAAGACGGCAGUGACCUGCUGAAACGACACGUGAUGAAGGAGCUGAUUGAGACUGAGAGGAUCUAUGUGGAGGAGCUGCUAGCAGUGCUGCUGGGCUACAGGGCUGAAAUGGACAAUCCGUCUCUUGCUCCGCUUUUGCCAACAACUCUUCGCAACAAGAGAGAUGUGCUGUUCGGAAACUUGCCUGAUAUCUACAACUUCCACAGCAGUGUUUUCCUGCAGGAUUUGGAGAGCUGUCUGGAGAGUCCAGAGGCAGUAGGGGCCUGUUUUCUGGAACGGAAAGACCAUUUCCAUUUGUAUGAAUGCUACUGUCAAAACAAACCUCGAUCAGAGUCCUUAUGGAGGCAGUUCUCAGACUGUCCUUUCUUUCAGGAGUGCCAAAAGAAGCUAGAACACAAACUUGCUCUUGACUCUUACCUGCUUAAACCAGUCCAACGCCUUACAAAAUAUCAGCUCCUAUUGAAGGAGCUCCUGAAGUACAGCUCAGGCUGUGAGCGAGUUUCUGAGCUGCAGGGGGCGCUAGAAGCCAUGCUGGAUCUGCUCAAGUCGGUCAAUGAUUCAAUGCACCAGAUUGCCAUCACCGGAUACGAGGGGGAUCUCAGUGAUCUGGGCCGAGUGCUGAUGCAGGGCUCCUUCAGUGUGUGGAUCAGUCAUAAGAAGGGCCCAACCCGUGUGAAGGAGAUGGCCCGCUUUAAGCCAAUGCAGAGACACCUGUUUCUGCAUGAGCACGCUCUCCUCUUCUGCAAGCGGAGAGAGGAACACGGAGAAAAUGCUGACAAAACGCCUUCCUACAGCUUCAAGCACUGUCUGAAGAUGAGUGCGGUUGGCAUUACGGAGAACGUCAAAGGAGACGUGAAGAAGUUUGAGAUCUGGUACAGUGGCAGAGAGGAAGUCUAUGUGAUACAGGCACCCACCGUGGAGGUAAAGAUCGCCUGGCUGAAUGAGAUCAGAAAGAUCCUGACCAACCAGCAGAAACAGCUCAAAGAAGAGCUGUGUCUUUCGACUGCAGUGUCCGAGCAAAUGCAGAUGCAGAUUUCUCCUCCGUUGUCUGUCAGCAAACAGCAAAGAGCGUCAGUGAGCUCCGAUGGGACUGAGUCGGGCCACAGCAGUCCAGAUGCAUUCAGCUGCUCCAGCCAGCAGCAGCGCAACAGACGCAGCUGGCCAGGCGCACCUUAUUCUGUAGAUAUCUGUGAAGGUCUGGAGGACUGGAGUGGAGCAAACAGCCUCUCGAACCCGUCUGACACUGAGGAGGAGGACGCUGUUCAUCUGGUUCCAGGCAGAUACAAGGUGUUCAUGGACUGGAGGAAUAACGGGCUGGACAACUUGAUGAUUAAGUGUGGUGAUGUCAUACAACUGCAGCAUGAGGAAGACCAUGGCCAGUGGCUAGUGAAGAAUCUGAGUCGUAGACAGGAAGGCCGUGUCCCUACACCUAACCUGCAGUGCAUCUUGGGAGAAAGCAUGAAGAAUCACUCCAGCCGGCUUGGAGAUCAAGGGAUUCGUAAGGCGAGGAAGCUCAGUUCACCAUGAAGGAAUCAGCCUGCUCUGAUGUGACCACAUGGAUUCAGACUUGACCAGCAGGAUAGUAUCCCAACGUUCUCCUCAAUGCACAACACAACUCAUUUUUUUACAUCAAACAAGAGAUCUCCAGCCUUUGAGCAAACCCAGAGAGCGCUUUUAAACAUUCAUCCUCUGCCCAAACACACUUCAGUCCUCCUGACUAGGUGGAGUCUGGAACAUUCUGACUUCCACUACAGUUUUACUGAAUCAAGACCCAACAAAGCCACUUCUAAUUGGAAGCUUUUUGCGGUUAAACCUCCUGGAAGACCUAUAAAAAACUGGUUUGUGAACCGUGUGCGUUUGUGCUGUUAUUUAUCUUGUACUGUCGUCUUAUUUAUCCUCGUUGAACAAACGAAGCUCUUGCUGAGAGCUUCGAUGCCAAAUAUGCAGUGCCAUAAUGCCUGUUUCCUCCCUUUUAUUUAAUGCAGAUUUGCUCAGUAGUGCAUUAGUUACCUCAGAAAAGCACUUUAUUCAGGUCACACGGAUUUGUGUGUCUUUUGUUGUCUCUCUUACAGCUUUAAACCGGGUUGAAUUUUGCAUGAUUCUUACCUCUCUCUUAUUUAGUCCGAUUCUCUUGUGAGGCACUUUAUAUGCAGAAUCUCCUCUGCCAGCUUGAAGACCUGAGGGUCGUCAUGUGAAGUGUUGAUUUUUGGAGCCACAAAUAAGAUUCAUGAGGGGCCGCCUGUGUGUUUCUUCGUGUGCGACUGGGAAAUCAGAGCUGGUUUCUUUAUUAAGGGAAAUCAUAAGGCAUUUAUUAAAUAUACCCACUUUUUUGAAUGCUUAAUGAAAUAAAAAUAAGUUAAUUCAAUAUUAAUUGCAGACUUACAUGAGUUUACUGUGUAAAAUCAGUGCUGAGUUUCGAGGGCCGACUUUGAUAUCGCAGCGUUUGAAGUGGAAAUGAGGCGUGUGGAGCAGCAGGAGACGCUGUGAAGAACAUUUAUCUCUUAUGUUGUUCAAUUCGCUAUCAACUUUUUCCUUUCCAGCACGAAGCUUCAGCCAGAAUCAAGCCACGUAAUGGACAUGUGUGUGUAAUGUCUGCUCUUCAAACAUCUGAGACUGGAGUGAAGCAGCAUCAUCAGGUUUUUUGUCUUGUAUAUCAUGUUCGUGCUCCUUUUUUUAUUGAAAAUUCAUUUAAAUUAUUACACUGCACUUGGAUUUAAUGCUCAUAUUUCCGCUAAUAUUCCAAUAGUUUUGAUAAAUCUAAUGGCAUUUAGUUGAUUUUUUAUUUUGUUUUAUUUAAUUUUAGUAUUUUUGGGGGAAUAACAAAGAAUGUACCUGUAUAUAUUGUUGUACUGUUGUAUUGAUGAUGUGUGUAUUGAAAUGUGUACAGCUCAUUGAAAAAGAAUACAUUUUUAAUAAAACAUUAGUUAUUAAAUUACA